UGAGAAUUACUUUCCAGUUUAACAAUAGUUUUAAAAGAAUAAGUAAAUACGUAAGAAUAACCUCGUACAGUAUGUUACAUACUACGAACCAUGACUACGGUCCACGCCCUAAAUUAUGGUCGGAACUUUUACUUAUAAGAAAAUGUCGGCAUAUGAAAGUCGCGAUUACUUUACAGAGAACGGCACAUAUAAAGAUUUAAACCCGUUAACGACCAGAAUAAUUGGUGACUUUACACCAUUUUAUAUUACAAUUGCGAUCUGUACAAUCCUGUUGACAUUUAUGAUAAUACUAAAUAUUAUUUGCUGCUGCUCGAAGUACUCGGAUUAUUGGCUUGAUCGCCACACCGGUAAUCGUUGGAUAGUAUCUAUAUGGUCAGCUACUCCCCAUCGUCAGCCACCGCUUGAUUUCACCGAGAUUGAAGUUCAUGGUCAACCUUUCCAAUUUGCAUCAUACCCAACAAAAGAUUAUCAGGAAGUUCAUAAAAGUGAGUCAGUUGUGCCAUCAAUUUCACAGCAACCAUUGACAUAUCUUGAUCUACACGAAAGAGAGAGUGAUAUAUAA